UAGUAGAAUAUAUAUUAGAAAAAAUAAUAUAAAUUUAUUGUUUUAAUUACAUUAACUAUAUCUUUCCUAAUUCAUGUAGAAAAAGAAAAAGUACUAUGAAUGGUAAUCAAACUAAAAUUAUUUAGUUCGUGCAAUUUGACUGGGAUUUAAAUACAAGAUUAGAUUAAUCCAGACUAAAUAUCACUAAAGCUGUUUUUUUUUUUUCUUUUUUGUCUGAAAUAAAGCAAAGCUGAUGAGAUAAAUAUUAAAAGAGAGACAACUAAGCGACUUUGGUGCGCUUAAAAACUUACCAAACAAAGCCAAAAGGGAUAAGCAUGGCUUAAGACAGUUUCUAUUGUGAAUAAACACUUGGAGACAGUCGAUGGAGGACACCACGGAGGAGCGUGGAGAGGCGCGUGAAGUUGUAAAGGUGUUUGUUUGUUGAUUGCCCAGUCAUAUCGUAGCUGUUGUUGGUAAGUAGUAACUGCUCUCAUAAACACAUUUCCACGUAGAGCGCAGUGCAGGUUUCACUGCCAAAGUUGGCACUCACUGCCAGUUUAGAUUUGAUUUAUCCCAAACUGCCUCUUUGUUGUCUUUCUUUCUUUCUUUUUUUGUUCUCUUACUUUGCAUAUAUAUAUAUAUACGGCUCUCUCCCAUUGCAAGAAUUCAUCUAUGGUUAGUGUGGGUGAGAGUUGGAGAGCUGAUAAAUUUCAGGUGCUCUCUGCUUUCUGGAUUUUGCCUUGUUAUUUUUUUUUUUUUCCAUUUUUGCUUUUGAGAAUAACAUCAUGGUGGGAAUUGAACUCAGGCAAGAACAGAGGAACUGUGUUAGGAGCAUGAAAGAGCAGGGAAUAUUGGAUGAUCACUUUGAUCAUGUUCUUGAUUUACGAAGUACAGACAAUCCUCGCUUUGUUGUUGAAGUGAUAUCCAUGUUCCUGAAUGAUGCUGAAAACUGUGUAGCAGAGUUGAACCGAUGCCUGAAUCAGCCUGUUGUUAACUAUGCUCGAGUUAUCAACUAUGCUCACCAGCUUAAAGGCUGUAGCUCUAGCAUUGGUGCCCGCCAGGUGAACCUUACAUGUCGUGAGCUUCGAAAUGCUAGUGAUGCUAUGGAUCAAGACGGGUGCUUUGAGGCUUUCAACAAGCUGAACAAUGCAUUCCAGGUUCUGAAGAACAACUUAAAUGCAAUUACCCAGAUAGAAAGGCACAUCAUGGCUAAUGAGAGCAGGAGACGCCGCCGCCUCCUCCGUCCAUAGGGUGGUGGUUUAGCUAUGCCAGUUCAGGUACUCAGGAGAAAAUCUGAGUUGGCUUUAAAAAUAUAUGCUAUUAUCAUGUAAAUAAGAGUUCAUUAGAACUCAAAGUUCUGCCCGUUUUAAGACUGCUUUUGUUCUAUGUUUGUGUGUUUGAGUUUCAACCUUUUAAUAUCAAAGUACUGCUUUAUGUUCAGUGUUC